AUGUCGCUCCUCCGUCGUCCUCCCACAAAAAUUCUUCUCACAGCUGAGGAAGUACGCCACUCCCUCGAACAAGCUGCAAAGGAGGAAGAGCUUCGCAACCUGGAGAACGAACGUUUGCGCCAACUCGAAGAGCAUAAACAUAAACAAAUGCAAGCGGUUCAACAACAGCAACAGGCUUCUGAGAGCAAGAAGUCUACCAGGACACGUUCACGCGACGAUCGUAUCGGUGUGGGGUCUUCACGGGCAGUCGGUGGUGCUGGGCCGGGUAGAAUGACAGAACAUACGAGGAAUGUCAGAUAG